AUGAACAUCUCCAGCACCAGGAACUCCUCCAUCCACUCAGAGGAAGAGUGGGAGUACAUCGUCAAGCCCUUCUUCGUUAUAUCUAUCCACAUGCUCAAUUAUCUCCUGGGUCUUCCUCUAAACUCCUACGUCAUGGUGCUGCUUUUACACGGAUGUAGGAGAUUGGAUCCGUGUGACGUCUUCACUCUCAACCAGGCUGCUGUUGAAAUCUUCUUCCUGUUCUUGGGGCCUUUUCACAUUAUGUGUGAUGUAAAGAUGGACCUGUGUUUCUAUGACGUGAUAGGCUUUUUCGUCGGUGUAGGGAUGUUGGUGCGCUCUCUGUUCCAGUGCUGGGUGUGUUUGGAGCGUUACGUGGCUGUCAUCCAUCCCAUCACCUUCCUAAUGUUCAGACCUCUUAGGUAUCGAGUGGUAAUCUGUGUCGUGACCUGGACGAGCGGAUUGGCAUGUGGCGUCGUCUGCAUGUUCAUGUUCCCAUUCCUGCCCUACAGAGUUAUCCUCGCCUAUGCCGUCAUCGUUCUGAGCAUCCACGUCUUCAGCUGCAUGUCCAUUCUGUACAAGCUGAGACACCCAGGACCGGGGGAGAGGAACGCCGACAGGGCGACGGAGGACAGAGCCAAAAAACGGGCCUUUCAUAUCGUUGUGAUUAACCUGCUGACGUUUUUGGUCCAAAACACACCAUUCUCCGUCGUCUUCUGCAUGCAGGACACGCUGUCCAUGAUGGACUUCAGCCUGGCUCUAGCGAUCAGUCUGGCCAUUAACAUCAUGAUGGGUUUCAUGAAUCCGGUUUUUGUGCUUCUUAAAGCUGGAAAACUAUCGUUUUUAAAGUCUGCAUGCUUUUAA